GGAAGUGGUCCGUCUGGGAAUUCCUUCCCCCAAAAAAUCUUCUCGUCGAACGUCCAAAGAGGAGUCAGAGUAUCUCGACAGGGUUGAUCACGAUUAAUUCGACUCAACGUGUCGGAUUGAAGAAACAGAGUGAUUGUUGUUCAUAAAAUAACGUCAGUUGACAUUUCGCUUGUUGACAGCUGGUGCGAGCUCAAAACCGACAGGUUAAUAUCAGGAUGGCGGAGGCGCCAGGUACUUCUAGCGAGACGAUAACUGAGACCGUUCAAGUUGACACACCGCCACCGCCCCAGCAGGAGGGACGUAGCCUGACCAUCAAGCUGAGGAAGAGAAAGACUGACAAGAAGGUGGAGUGGUCCAGCGACACAGUGGACAACGAGCAUCUGGGAAGGAGGUCCUCCAAGUGUUGCUGCGUCUACGAGAAGCCCAAACAGUUUGGGGAGUCCUCCUCUGAAAGUGAGGGAGAUGACGAGGGCUGUGGAAGUGCACACUGCAUUCUGGGACAUGGGAAAGACGGCAGGCAUGGACACAGAGGAGGGGGUGGGGGGAGUACGGUUCCUCCAAGCUCUGGGGGAUCACAUGCCCACUAAUGAUUAGGAAUGGUGCUGAGGGAGGAAUGGAGCAUAGGGAUUCUUCAGUCGAUGACAAUGACACAUUAUACUGCUACACACACGCUCUCAUUUAGUUCAGUCACUGCAGUACUGAGAGGAAAAGGACGAGACAGAUAAAACUGAGGGAGGGAGAGAGCCUAUAUUUCUGCCUGUUUGAUACGAAAAAGGGGUACAAUCAUUUUCCUUAUUUUUAUAAAUAAUAAUGAUCCUUAUUUAUUGAUUUGUCGUAAUACUUGAUUUUACUUAAUAAUGUGUCAGUAUCUUAGCCUGAGUGCCAGACAGUGUUCCUUCUUGUCAAACAAGGAUUUGGAAAUAUGAUUAUGUAACAUUGUAGAGUGCAUAAAUAGUCUAGUACCCAGGCUACCACUAGGUCUGGGUCCCAAAUGACACCCUGUUCCCUAUAUAGGGCCCUGGUCAGAAGUAUUCACCCCUCUUGGCAUUUUUCCUAUUUUGUUGCAUUACAACCUGACAUUUUAAAUGUAUAUUUAUUUGGAUUUCAUGUAAUGGACAGACACAAAAUGGUCCCAAUUGAUGAAGUGAAAUUUUAAAAAUUACUUGUUUCAACAACAACAAAAAAGUGAAAGUGGUGUAUGUGUAUUCACCCCUUUUGCUAUGAAGCCCUUAAAUAAGAUCUGGUGCAACCAAUUACCUUCAGAAGUCACAUAAUUAGUUAAAUAAAGUCCACCUGUGUGCAAUCUAAGUGUCACAUGAUCUGUCAUAUAUCUACUGAGAUCAUACAUCUGUUCUAAAAGGUCUGCAACAUCACCAAACAAGUGGCACCAUGAAGACCAAGGAGCGAUCCAAACAAUUCAGGGACAAAGUUGUGGAGAAGUACAAAGUAUUUUUUUUUAAUAUCAGAAACUUUGAACAUCCUACGAAGCACCAUUAAAAUCGUUUAAAAAAAUGGAAAGAAUAUGGCACCACAACAAACCUGCCAAGAGAGGGCCGCCCACCAAAACUCACAGACCGGGCAAGGAGGCCAUUAUUCAGAGAGGCAACAAAGAGACCAAAGAUAACCCUGAAGGUGCUGCAAAGCUCCACAGCGGAGUAUCUGUCCAUAGGACCACUUUAAGCCGUACACUCCACAGUUUGGCUUUAAGGAAGAGUGGCCAGAAAAAAAGCCAUUGCUCAAAGAAAAAAUAAGCAAACACGUUUGCCAAAAGGCAUGUGGGAGACUCCCCAAACAUAUGGAAGAAGGUACUCUGGUUAGAUGAGACAAAAAUGUAGCUUUUUGGCCAUCAAAGAAAAUGCUAUGUCUUGCGUAAACCCAACACCUCUCAUCACCCCGAGAACAACAUCCCCACAGUGAAGCAUGGUGGUGGCAGCAUCAUGUUGUGGGGAUGUUUUUCAUCGGCAGAGACUGGGGAAUCUGGCCAGAAUUGAAGGAAUGAUGGAUGGUGCUAAAUACAGGGAAAUUCUUGAGGGAAACCUGUUUCAGUCUUCAAGAGAUUUGAGACUGGGAUGGAGGUUCACCAUCCAGGAGGACAAUGACCCUAAGCAUACUGCUAAAGCAACACUCGAGUGGUUUAAGGGGAAACAUUUAAAUGUCUUUGAAUGGCCUAUUCAAAGCCCAGACCUCAAUCCAAUUGAGAAUCUGUGGUAUGACUUAAAGAUUGUUGUACACCAGCGGAAUCCAACCAACUUGAAUGAGCUGGAGCAGUUUUGCCUGGGAAGAAUGUGCAAAAAUCCCAGUGAAUAGAUGUGCCAAGCUUAUAGAGACACCCCAAGAGACUUGCAGCUGUAGUUGCUGCAAAUGGUGUCUCUACAAAGUAUUGACUUUGAGGGGGGUGAAUAGUUUUUGCACGCUCAAGUUUUCCGUUUUUUUUUGUCUUAUUUCUUGUUUGUUUCGCCCCCAAAAAUAUUUUGCAUCUUUAAAGUGGUAGACAUGUUGUGUAAAUCAAAUGAUACAAACCCCCCCCCAAAAUCCAGUUUAAUUCCAGGUUGUAAGGCAACAAAAUAGGAAAAAUGCCAAGGGGAGUGAAUAGUUUCGCAAGCUUUUAAUUAUUAUUUUUUUAUCUCUGUUUCAAAGUAAUGGUUUUAAAAAGCUCCAUUAAUACUUAAACAGCAAACACUUCUUGUUUUAUGGACACAUAGUUUAUAUAAAACAAUCAGUAAACAUUAAAGAUGUUCAGGGGAGUAUUUAGGACCGUUUUAAUAUGUUUUUUGUGGGACACUGUUUUAAGGAGAAGUUAUGACAUAAGCUGGUCUUGUUAUUCUUAUUUUCACGUGAAAUUGCUGUCGUCAUUACGUAUCACCUUUUAGUUGAGUGCAGUGAAAAUGUGUUGAUGCAGUAUACUCUGUCCAUCCUUUACAGACAAUCCUCAGGAGUGUUGAGUACAUCAGUCUCAGCACUUCAAAUAAGAACAGAAUUGGUGGCAAAUUGCCUUAAAUUCUGAGAUGUCAAACAUUCUUUCUAAUAAUGUUUCAAGUGAAGAUAUUGAAAGGAUAAAACAUGUAUUUUGUAUUUAUGAGGUUUCAGAUGAGAGAUGUCAACUUAUAAGAAUCAGGAAAAAAAUGCUCACAAAUCACACAUCCUUUUUUCGGUCAUUUUAAUGAAUUAUCCCCCUCUGAGAAGGAAUGCACUAGGGCAACGUUGGCACUAACUAAAGCUGCAUGCUGAUUGGUUUAUGGAAAGAAAGUUGCCUUUGGAAAUUCUAGGCUUUUGCAUCUAUUGGCACUUUAUCAGCUGUGAUCAGCAGAAGAAAAUUAUUAUUUUUUCAACGAGAUGAGAGAAAUUACAUUUAUUUGGUGUUGCUGCGUACAUUCAGGACUACACUGAGAAAUUACAUUUAUUUGGUGUUGCUGCGUACAUUCAGUACUACACUGAGAAAUUACAUUUAUUUGGUGUUGCUGCGUACAUUCAGGACUACACUGAGAAUAUAGUAAGUUGGACAACACAUGGUAUACAGUCAAGGUUCUCCCCGGGGUUAAGUGGUGCUGCUGAGUACCUUCUUUUUUUUUUAACACCUGUAACUGCCAUUUCCUGCUAUCAAUGAACAAAACAUGCCCUUAAACGACAACAUAUUAGAGAACCGUGUAUACAGUAAUCCGGAUCAGACAGUUCAGCUAAAGGCAUGGGAGAGAUGAUAGUAUUUUAAUGAAGAGGGAGAAGGUGCAUGAUGAAUUGCUCACUCGGGCUGUGUUCAUGUAUCCACUGACAACAUUUCACUGUGUAGGGGCUUCAUCCUCCGUUGUUCCAAACACGAUACUACUACUACUACUGUGUUUGAUCUGUGACAACCUCUAUGUAUAAAGCACUACACAUUAUCCCACCAAAGCCACCAUUUUCUAUAACAGAUACACACGUACAAUGUUACUGUAUUGGUGAAGCACCUUUCUGUACAUAAAAUAAAUCAUAUGAGAGCAGAUUUAAUGUGAAUAAAAACAAGGUUUGGACUGUGUUGAAAUCA